AUGGCGCCUCUCAAGAAGUCAACGGGCAAGCUCCCUGAUAUCCCGAACGCGAAACAGGAUGCCAAAGUCCGAAAGAACACAAGGGCGAGGAAGAACACCUCUGCCAAAGAACAAAAAACCCCCAAGAGUGUCAAGAUCACAACUCGCCCAAAAAGCCGGGCCCUGAUCCAGUGGAGGAAGGAAGACCCUUUGCUUGUGACACUCCUUUGGGUGCAGUAUAGCUGUGCCAAAGAGCACGGCAAGAUGCCAUGGGAUGAUAUCAUUCCUCAGUGCUUCACCGGAGUGACAUCAACAGCAUUCACUCAAUUCCUUGCCCGAGAGCGCAAGCGACUCCUCAAGAUGGGCUACUGUGUUCCACCUCUCCCCAGCCAGGCCAAGAGCUUGGAGAGAGAUCAGAACAUCCGCGGCUAUGUCAAUGCGCCGACAGCUGAGAAUGAGGAUGCUACUAGGCCCGUCAACUUUGAUGAGCCGUUCCUCCAACCCUGCCAGCAAGGCGACAACUAG